GAGCAAAAUAAGAGAGCGGAGGGAUUUUGAAAAAAGAGAAAAACAAGAAGAAGCGUGAAGGAAACGCAAUCCGACGAGGGAGAAGCCGAAAAUCUAAGGAUUUUUGAAACUGGCUAAGAAAGGAGGAGACUCGACGGUGAAGCAGAAGGAGCAGCGGAGAAAUAAGAAGAAGAUUGAGUGAAGGAAAAAGAGAAGAGGGAUUUGUGAUUUGGUGGAGAUUUCGGCUAUAGAAAGAGAGCGUUUGGGCGAGUAAGGAAGAAAAGAAAAAAGAGGGGAAGAGUGGCUGAAUUGGGUAUUGACGAGAGAGUGGGAGCUGAGAAAGAGAGAGCAUAUAAGAGAGGGGAGAAAGGAAGGAGCUUUCCGGUUCCUUCGGGACACUUCCUUCUUCGGGUUUGAGAGAGGAAAAAUCUGAAAACAGAGUGAAAGAGGGAGGACCGAGUGAGAGCACGAGAGGACUUCAAUUUUGGAGCGAGCUUUAGUGAAAAAAGAAGGAAAUUCGGGGAAGAAAGGAGGGAAGAUUUUCUAAGCCAGAGGGGUGAAGCGGUGCCAGCAGAGAGAGGCAAAACAGAGUUGGGAAACAGUUUGUUAUUCGGGAACUCAGUAGGAAAUGGAGAACUUAACAAACAAUGGUCCUGCGGAGGAUGAAGAAGAAUAUGUUUUGCUUGAUCUAGAUGCUGUUGCUGGGCAAGUUGACAUCCCUGGAAAUGCACCAUAUGUAUUAUUUGGCCUGGAUACAUUGCACCCCAUAUUGAUAAUAGACAACAAAUUGAAGCUGAUAGGAGAAUAUGAAGAGACCAUUGGGACUUGCUUGGUUUUCUCUGAAGAUGAAGCUGCUCCUGUUGUUCGCGAAGAGGCGGGACCAUCAGAAGCUAACCUUCCUGCGGGCAAAUGCAUAGUCGAUCAAAAUCAAACACCACAAAAGCAAGUGAAACCCGUUGCUCGGCUCCAGAAGGUUUUGAAAUUCAAAGUGUUACUAGACGACGAUGAUCAAGAAAUAAUUGUUCAACCAACUACGACAACUUUAUGAGCAGGUGCUCCUUCCACUCUUGCUCUUUUCAUCUUCUCAGGAAAAAAAAAUUUAACCUGAUUUGAUACUUUUGUGAGGUAGAUCACCUUCCUCUUUACUGUUUAGAUCUGUUUAAACACAGGUCUUUUUUAUUCUAAUAAAUUCAAUCAAAAGUAACUUUUUAGGUGAAUGCACAUGUAUUGCAAUUUGUACAUAACCUAAUGUUGCAAUUUAAUGUAUAACUAAAUUAAUUUUAAU